AUGUGGGGAGUGAUUGGUGGUCACGCUGUGGGGGUCCGGUGUGAUGUGGGGCGUGAUGUGGUCAGCGUGGGGAGUAGGGGCCUUGUGGGGGUGAUGUGGUCAGCUGUGGGGGUCCGGAUGGGGGGUGACAUGGGAGUGUGGGGGAGGUCCGGGCAGGUAGGGGGGGGGGGGCACUGUAGGGGUCGAACUGGGGAUGGGGGCAGCGGGGGGGGCAGGGCACGGUGGGGGGGGGGGGGGGGGGGGGGCUGCGGGGGGAGGUGGGGGUGGUGUGGCCUAAGCGUGUGGGGGGGGGGGGGGUCCUGGGUGUGGGUCAGCAGUGGGGGGCAGGGGGGGGCGGCGGUGCAGGGUGGGGUGAGUGGUCAGCCUGUAGGGGUCGCGGGCGAGGUGGGGCUGCUGGGGGGCCGCUGGGAGGGGGGGUCUCCGGGCACAUGUGGGGGUGAGGUGGUCUGGUGUGGGAGGGGGUCCGGGCGAUGUGGGGGUGAUGUGGUCAGGCUGUGGGGGGCCGGUGCAAUGUGGGGAUGGGGUCACUGCGGGGGUCCGGGUGAGGUGGUCAUGGGGGGCCGGCUGUGGGGGUCCGGAGUGUGUGGGGGUCGAUGUGGUCAGCUGUGGUGGGUCCCGGGGGAUGUGGGGGUGGAUGUGGUCAGCUGUGUGAGGUCCGGGCAAUGUGGGGGUGAUGGUUGUUGUGUGAGUCAGCUUGUGGGGGUCCGAGGUGCAAUGUGGGGGGUGAUCGUGGUCAGGUGUGGUGGGGGCCGGGUCCCUGGGGGGGAUGAUGGUGCUGUUGGGGUCCGGGCAAGGUGGGGGUUGAUGGGUCUGCUGUGGGGGUCCGGGCAAAGUGGGGGUGAUGUGUCAGCUUGUGGGGGUUCGGGUGAUGUGGGUGUGAUUUGGUCAGCUGUGGGUGUUCCGGGUGAUGAUUUGGGUGAUGUGGUCAGCUUGUGGGUCGGGGCAAUGUGGGGGGAUGUGGUCAGCUGUGGGGGUCCGGGGCAAUGUGGGGGUGAUGUGGUCGCUGUGGGGGUUCCGGCAAUGUGGGGGGUGAUGGUGGUCAGCUUGGGUGUCGGCAAUGUGGGGGUGAGGUGGUCAGCUGUGGGGGUGGCCGGCACAUGUGGGGGUGAUGUGGGUCAGUGUGGGGGUCGGCGUGGAUGUGGGGGUGAUGUGUCAGCUGUGGGGGUCGGGCAAUGGUGGGGGUGA